CGGGAACUCCCUACUAACCCGCCUACCCCACAGACUGAGGAGGGAUUCAUACCACAUUGCGGCAUAAAGCACUGCGACUGAGAAGUAGUCCUUAAAAUUUUCAACGGAGUGAAGUGUGUGGAAGCUGCUGUGACUCACUGUUCAUCUAUUGGUCCUAACCCCGAGAGAACUUGCUUCCUUCUUUUUUUUUUUUUUUUGUUUUUGUUUGUUUUUUUUCUCAUCACAAUAAGAGGAGGCUGGGCUCCCUCUGGGUUCAAGACUCACCAUGUGCCAAAACUGGAGAAGACGUACCACUACCCCUUAAAAAGCCAAACCUCUUUUGACUCUUAGCCUCUAGUCUGGGGACCAUCCUAAUCCUCCACAUUGCCCACUGGCCAAGAUGAAUAAGGUGGCGGCAUGGACAGCAGAGGAUGUCUUGAAAUGGUUGAGCAGAGAGGGGAUGCCAGAGUACAUAGAUGCCUUCGAUCAGAUGGAUGGCCCUGCUUUACUCCGGCUCACAAAAGCAGAUUUCCAAAAGCCUCCCCUCUCACGGGUGUCGUCUGAUGGAGGACAGCAGCUGUUGGAGCGACUGGAGACGCUAAGGAUAGAGACACAUAUGGAAGCUCAUAAAAAUGGCCAUGCAAAUGGGCAUGUUGGUGGAAUAUCCAAUGGAACUAGCAAGUCCUACAGAAAUGGCACACUGAAGGAAUUCCAGGACAUGAUUCAAAUCCCCAUCCCUACAGUGGAAACUACACGCUCUCCAUUCCCUACUGAGUGGGGGAAGACGGGCAUAGCAUUCCUCUAUGCGUUGGUGUGCUUUGUUACCACAACUGUUGUCAUUUCAGUUGUCCACGAGAGAGUCCCGCCAAAGGAGCACACUCCCCCACUGCCAGAUAAGUUCUUUGACUGGUUUGAUAGGAUAGAGUGGGCUUUCUCCAUCUGUGAGAUAAACGGUAUGCUCCUGGUGGGGCUCUGGCUCAUACAGUGGAUUCUUCUCAAGCACAGGUCAAUAAUAGGCAGGCGGUUCUUUUUUAUUGUGGGCACACUCUACCUGUACCGGUGUAUUACAAUGUACAUCACUACUCUACCUGUGCCUGGGAUGCAUUUUAAAUGUGCUCCAAAGCUUCUUGGAAACUGGGAGGCACAGAUGAGGAGAGUAAUGAAAAUGAUUGCCGGUGGAGGCCUAUCCAUCACAGGCGCUCACACUAUGUGUGGCGAUUACCUGUACAGCGGCCACACUGUCAUGUUGACACUAACGUACCUCUUCAUCAAAGAGUAUUCUCCUAAGCGAUUCUGGUGGUAUCACUGGUUUUGCUGGACUUUGAGUGCAGUGGGAAUAUUCUGCAUCCUUUUAGCCCAUGACCACUACACUGUGGAUGUGGUUGUGGCUUAUUUCAUCACUACACGUCUCUUCUGGUGGUACCACACUAUGGCCAACCAACAGUCAUUGAAAGAGACGUCACAGAGUAACCCAUUCUCACGGGUGUGGUGGUAUAGACUGUUCCAGUACUUUGAAGAGAACGUGAACGGCACAGUACCCCGGAACUAUCAGCUGCCAUUUUCAUGGCGAGCGUUGCAGUGGAACCACAGUGUGAAGUACAGCAGACUGGACAUCCAGUGACCCCUGUCAUGUUAAAGCAGACAAGGACUGUGACUUGUGUAAGUGCUGUUUUUAACCAAGGAAGAUGGCGCUGUCCAAUGUAGCACUGUCCUUUCAGCUCUAGUAACACCCCUGUCCAAAUGGGUAGCACUGUGACCCACUUAGUGUUUUCUUUUCCCUCUUAUCUUUCUGUUCUGAUAGUAUUUGUUGACACAGAGCACUAAUUUAUUUGUUUUUGUUUCUAUUUCAAGGGUAACAUGUUUCUGCUUUUAUAGUAAGUCUGUCAAGCAUUUCAACACUUUCUUGAAACUCAAAUUUGUUAGUCGAAAGGACACACAAGUUUUUUUCCCCCCUGUCAGCAGAAAAUAAGUCCAUGUCACCAUGCUUUUCAGUUUUUAGUGCAAAUGGGUCAGUCAAAGGUUUAAGAACCAAAAUGCCAUAAGUAUUUUGUUUCCUUUUUUAUAGCAACUUACUUUUUGUAAACUAUCCUUGCGAAAAUGAGUCAAAGGUGCAAAAAUAAUUUUUCUAGACAUUUCAAACUUUAUUUUUCAGAAACAAAUGAUGUCCAGAGAAGAUUUUUAGAUUUUUAUCUUUUUCAAGAUGGAUAACUGAGAGCAUAAGAAUCCAGUGUGGUAUAACAUGUUUCCAGUGCCUUCCUUUGAUUGAUUGUAAAAGAGUUCAAGUACUAUAUGUAUUGUGUCUGUCUGCAGCGGUACCUCUUCGUACCGUGGCGUGGCCACAGUCUCAUUCCCAUGAAUGUAUAAAACAGCUACGCCAGCCUUACCAUAAGAUUGGUCUUCCCAAAAUUAAGUGCAGAGAGUGAAGUAUCCAGUUUGAUUAUCAGUGCUUUUUGAUGUCAGUUUGUGCUUAGCUGGUUAAUGCUGUUCUACCAGAAACAAUGACUGUUAAUUGUAUUUUGGUCAUGUCUGAAGCAUUUCAUUUUUGCCAUUGGUGAAUCGCCACCAGCCAUGUUCCAAGCCCAACCACUGAUGCUCAGUUGCCUGUUGCCAUCGCAUCUGCUUGUUUUACUUUGCAACUGUAUCUGGAAACAACUCCCUAAUUGGACAUUGCAUAUGAAAUGUCUCUGAGGUAUUGAGUUAAGUUAUUCUGGGCCUGGACAUGUCUUGUGCAUCAAUGCAGAAUCUCUUUCUCAGGAGAUAAUGAGCUCCUCUCUUGUUCCCCACACAGAGUUCUAGUUUGAAAUCAGAAGUAAUCUCAUUGCAGUCUUGUCGUGUAACCUUCUUGGUGAUAAAAUGUAGAGGGAAAGGUUCAGUGUGACACUUGCAUUGAGCUGAGGAUAUGCCAACAAAACAGAAACUUGAAUCAAAGUUUCCGGCCAUGUUUGUAAAGAACUCUGUGCGUGUACUAAAUCAAGCUGCUACUCAACAGUUUGAAGAGUGCAUAUAGUGCAACACCCAAACAGUCUUCUUUCUAGAAAUCGCAAGCAAUCAGACUUGUUUGUGGGGAACAAGCUGAACCAUGAUGCAUGUAGCUGGUGACAUUUCCAUGAAUGUGAAAAUGUGUCCAUGUUGAUUGAAAUUAUGAGUAUUUUCAUCUGUUUUUUUUUUCUUUUUCUUUGUGUAACUGUGAUGGAACUAUAGAGUAUUACACGAAAGUUCAUUUCUAGGGAAUGAUUAAAGUUAUUAUCUGAAACUUUAACUUCAAAAUAAGCUCAGUAGCUCUGAAGAAAGACUGCUCUAUUUUUUUUUAUAACACACAAGCCCAAGUAAAUACUGUUCCUGAUGUGAUUAAAUUCUUUAAAGUGUCAAAGGAAGGAGGCAAAAAAGUACCAUUAUUUUCAAGGUGAUUUCAUGGAGCUAGUAGAGUUCAGUCCUAAUAAGGGUCUUGUUUAAGACAGAUUUCAGCACAACACCACCUUCCUGUAGCAUUGUCCAAUCAUUUCACCUUUACAAACAAUCGUCAGCUUGUCAGAUUUAAAGAGCACAGCAGCUUCCUUGCCUAUAGCCAUAUUUUGAUUUGAGGUUAUACUUGGUCCAUAGUUCUCUGAUGUUUGAAAGCUUGGAUAAGAAUGAAGGCUGGAUUUAGUGGUCAUUUAGUUUGCCAAUCAAGUUAUUUUUUUGUCUCUAAGAAAAUGUUUAUCUUGUCUCUUUAAAUGUCACACCCACUUUUUUUUUUGGUGCAUACCAGAUAUUUGUAAGAUACUUGGGAUGUUUUUGAAUAAAACAUUUUAUUAUAAUGUA